UCCUUUUUAACCCAUUGUUUAUCCGCGUAAUAUCUAUGCCAAUAUUGGGCUUUCCUUUUCCUUUCCAGUUACUCCAACGGAGGACGGAUCUUGCGAUUGUAGCUGCCUGUGAUGGUUGGAGACGAAUCAGAUCGGCGGCGAGAGAAUCGAUGUGGGGUUGGAGCUGGUUGGAACGAGGGAUCGGAAGCUUCAUUAGAAGGGAUGCGGGCAGCGGCAGCAACAAUGGCGGCGCUUGGAUCUGGGGUACCGGAGGAAGCAAUGGGCGGUGGCAUGACGGCAUAGCGCUGGGCGUUACGGCCAUGGCUGGACUCGCCUUGGCCGCCACUUUGGUCAUCUCUUCCCGUAGAGGUGGCCUUAAAUCACCAUGGUCAGGAAAGAAAAGAAAACGUCCAUUAACAAGGCAGCAGUGGAAUACUUUCUUUUUACCAGAUGGAAAGCUUCGAGGAGGAGGUGUAAAAUUCCUAAAGAAAGGAAUUGAUCCGAGCAUCAGGGCUGAAGUUUGGCCUUUUCUUCUUGGAGUCCAUGGGGUUAGAGCAUUACCUAGAAGAAGAUAUGAUACAAGGGAAUUAAUGGAGCAGAAUUGGAUUAUUAUACCAUCCACGGUCACAGUUCCAUUACAACCCACUGAGGUAACAACUAAUAAUUUAAUUGAUGGAAGAAUUUCCCUUCAUUUUAACAAUUAUCAGGCAGCAAGAACACCAACACCACCAAGAUAUAACUUAAGGGAUAAUGAGGAAAAUGAUGAAGAAGAAGAAGAACAGAUGCAUACAGUUGUAGUCUUAACACUAGAUGAAGAAGCAGAGGAGGUGUUUUAUAUCAAAAAGAUAAGUAGCACAGCAAAAACACCAAGGCGAGCAUCAAAAGGAGCUGCAGGAUAUGAUCUUGCUGUUGACCAAGAUUAUAUAAUUCCUCCACAAGGACAAGAAUUAUUAAGCACUGGAAUUAGUAUCAAAACUCCAGAAGGCACUUAUGCUCGUAUAGCACCACGAUCCAGUUAUGCUAUGAAAGGCAUCAUAAUAGGCGCUGGCGUUAUUGAUUCAGAUUAUAGAGGUGAAGUAAAGAUUCUGGUUCACAAUUUCUCUAAUAAUAAUUUGUCUCUCAAAACAGGGGAAUGUAUAGCACAAAUAAUUUUAGAAUGCUGCAAAACCCCGAUGAUCAUGCCAAUACGAGAAUUGGACAAUACCUCAAGAGGACAAAAAGGCUUUGGAUCAACAAGUUUAUCUAUCCGACAACAAGAUAAAGAGCAAAGAAUAGCAGAAACAAAUCAACGAAGAACAGAACUAUUACAAGCAAGAGAGCAAAAACAAAAGAUGGCUCACAAACAGAAUUUUCAAUCUGCAAGGAAAUAUCGACAAGAAAUUUGGCAAAAACAUUUUACAAAUGAAGAUAUUUGGGAUCUACUACAACCACAUACUUCAAAGUCUAUUGAAGAUCCAGAGUAUAUUGAAUUUCUUGAUCAAAGACAUUUCUUAUGUGUCAACACAUUAGACAUCCAAGAUGAUUAUAUCAACUAUUUGCAAUAUCUAAUGCUGCAAGAAGCAGACACAGGUAUUCCCAACUCUUCUUUCAACUCUCCAGAUGAUUUUAUUAAUCCUUUCGCAGUGGAAGAUGGUGGGACUAAACCUAAAGGCUUUGAAGGCUUUGAAGAAGAAGGCUUUCGUACAGAUUAUCCGCAGUUACAACACUUGUCUGAAGAUAAUAUUCUUGCUGUUGGAAAAGAAGACGAAUUUCUUACAGAUUAUCCGCAGUUACAGCGCUUAUCAGAACAAAUAUAUUCUCAGGAGGCUGUAUCCCAAUACAGGCCACAUGUUGAUACAACUAUAAAUCCAGUUGGUUACCCCCCAACAAGACCAAAGCCAGAACCUGUCAGUAUUGCCAGAGAACCACAAAUAAAUAAAGGCAAAGGGCAUUUUAAAGAAAAUAAUACUUCUGAAUGGUGGAAUCUACCAUCAGCACAGCAACAGACAGGAGCUAUAUUAACCCUUCCCAUGCAGUUAGGAAAAAUUGAGGACGUCUUUUUACGAUGGGAAGCUAUCACCAAGAAUGUAGUUGCCUUGCAAAACUUCACAGAUACACAAGAUAAAGCUGAUUUUAUUGAAAACUUAUUGGGAGAAGCAGAAAGACUUACCUGGAUUCAAUGGCGCAUGACUUUUCCAAAUGAAUAUGCUGAACUAGUAAGAUCAGCUGAUGGACGAAAUGCUAUGACCUGAGCAGUUCAAGGCCACAAAGAAUUUUGACAGGAAUGCUAAACAG